AUGUCAAUCUUUCACACCAUUGAACCUAAAGAUAUUUGGCUAGGAGAUCAUUUGUACAUCUGGUCUUCCCUGUUACAUCAACAUCACGGAAUCGUUUUAUUUGUUAAUAGCCAAGAUUAUGAUGAGUCAGAAAUUUUGGAGUUUAAUACGUAUGAUGAAAGUCAUGAACCCUCUCGUGCUGUUGUUCAAAAGGUUUCACUUAAACGUUUUCGUAAAAACUACACACUGAAGCGUGUCGUGUAUGGUUCUAGAUAUGCUCGUUUUAAAUUAGCUGGCACUGCCUAUACAUUUCAAUCACUUAAACCGGAAUUUGUGGUCGAUAAUGCUCAGCAUAUUCUCGAGCAAGUUACAUUUGGAGAAUUUCUUAUCCUUCCUACAGAUCUAACAGCAUCGACAUUAUCAUCCUCCAACUAUGAUCUGAUUUUACGUAAUUGUGAAUGUUUGGCUUUCUGGUGCAAGACGGGAAUGUGGUAUAGUGAACAAAUUGAGAAGGUGGUUCAUUGGAUUGCCACACCAUUGGUGACUUUCCUCAAAGCCAUCGGUGAUUACUUGGUUACAAAACAAAUUUUGCCUGCACUCGGUCAAGAAGCAAUGAGUGAAGUGGUCGAGAGCUCGUUGUGUAUUCUCAAAGACAAAUUUUGUUCGACACUCUUUGCGGAGGGUAUUGGCAAUGCAAUAGCUCUUACUAUUGUCGACUUACUGAAGCUUAUAUUUCGCUAUCAACAAUACAAAAAUGGACAGAUGACACAAGAAGAAUUUUUAAACAAAACAGUUACGAGUCUUGUUAAAGAUUUUACGAUUGGUUUAUUUGCAUUUGCCAUCCAAGCAUUUCUAACUUAUUUUACAUUUGGUUCUGCUGCUCUAUGUCCUUGGAUUGGUGGAUUUGUUGGUAGUGUUAUCGGAUCCUUUGUUGGAAAUAUCCUGGGUCGUAUAGUAGUCAAUGGAAUCGCACAACUGCAAGAUAAACAGUCGCCGCAGAUUGAUUAA